ACAAAGCACAGGACACGCAAGUCAGCUUAACCACAAUGUACGCGACCAAGCCGCUGUCCCUGUUCAAGAGCCACCCAGAGGCGGCGUCCCGGCCGCCGCCGGAGGGCCGGAACACCGGGUACCUGGUGGUCAAGGGCGCCGAUGACGACGGCGACGAUGGCGAGACGUGCUGCUGGGGCACCUGCGGCGGGACGCGCGUGCGGGACCUCCCGUUCCCGCAGAACCGCGUGCUCACCGUGCGGUACACAGAGCAGCACGGCGAGAGCAGCACCACCUACGCCGACGCCGUCGUGUUCGUGCCCGUCCCCGACCAGCCCCUCGCGUCCAACCGCUAUUACCCGAUCAUCGCCACGGGCCGGCACAAGGGCCUCGUCCGGGCGUGCUCCCGCGAGGAGGACAUGGUCCCGUGCUGCUUCUGCCGGUGCAUCAGCGACGUGGAGCCGCGGCCGUUCGACCCGGCGGACAUCUACCAGCAGAUCGAGGUCGUGCCGCGCCGGCGGGGGCGGUUCACGGCGAGGGCCGUCGCCCCCGACGGCUUCCCGUACUUCCUCUACCGCAAGAGGUGCUGGCGCGUGUACGCGUCCAGGCCCAAGGACUUUGACCUCGGCGAGGCGCGGGGCCUCGACGCCGCGCUCCGGUCGCGCCAGCUCUCCGACCCCAGCAUCCUCGACGCGCUCCCGGCGCCGACGACCGACACGGCCGCCGUCGGGAAAUGGUAUUCCCCGUUCUUCCUCGUCAAAGAAGCCGGCGUCGAGCCACGCGAGCAGAUGGAGCGCAGCGCGUUCUACGAGGUGACGCUGGAGCAGCGCUGGGAGCCGGUGCGCCCCGACGGUGGCGUCUCGAAGGUGGCCAGCAACAGGGCGCUCGUCGGCGGGAGCGUGGAAGCGAAGCAGGAGGUGGGGAGCUCGCGGUACGGCGACGCGUACGUGUGGUUCAGGGCGGCGGCGACGGGGCAGAGGGUCGGGGUGUGCGAGACCGUGUGGGAGAGGAUGCGGUGGGAGGAGUACAGGGGCGGGUGGGUCGACGAGGAGGAGGACGCCGGGAAGGUGGCCGGCGGAUCGGUGCUGGUGGAGAGGUUCGUGGUGAAGAGGCUGGAUGGCAGCGUGGUUGUGGCCUUUGACUUUGCGCAUCUCAACAAAGUCAGAGCAAAGCAGCUAUGAAUACACUAAUAAGCUUAAAAUUCACGGCAAUUCUGGCUUUGCGUCGUGUGAGGGAGAAGAGACAAUAAAGUUCCAACCCGUCCCUCUUAUGCCACUAGGUCUACAUGCCAUGGAAAUAGCAGGGCCCAUGGGUCAUACACACGGAUGGCAUAAAGGGAUUGAAUUUUUUUUUCAGUUCAACCCAUAGGUUUCUUCUCUGAAUAAUCAUUAGGAUGUUGUUUGGUUCCUAGACAUUCUGCGUGUUAGUCUUAUAGCUACAGAAACUUUUUUUAUGUGUGUUUUGGUUAGUGUUGUACCUGUCCAGUUAUCAGUAUAAGUGCUGCUAUCUGGUAAUCAUUUCAAUUUUUUUGGUAUUUCAUUGUGUUGUUUGUAAGCAUUUGAGAGUUUAUAUUCACUUAAGCAAUGGCAAUGUAGUGGGGCUGUCAGUUUUCUGA